CACGGAGCCGGGAAAAAGGAUGAAGCCGUUGUUCCUCGCGGGGUGCCACGCUCGGGCGCGAGAAUUCGGGAACAUCACUGCUACGCCUGCAUCUCCGCUGCUUCUGCCGCCGCCUCUCGCUGUGCAUAAAGAAGAAGCCGUCCAAAUUCCCGUAAGGCCGGCUUUCAAGCAAUGGCCACGCCACCGCCCCUGACGCACCCGCACGAGUCCGAGCCGAAGCUGGUCAAGACACCCGACGCGCUCAUCUCGAACGGGGCCUCCAAGGAGGGCCUCCCCGACUACGAGGACUCGCAGCACAGCGCGCACGCGCAAGGGUACGACUCCCUGGAAGAGUACGAGAGCUACUUCUCCAAAAUCGUCAUCUCCAACAGCGAAGAGACCAGGGCGUCAGCCAGCGAGGACAACAAAGCUGGCGACGAGGACGUCGAGCGGCUGGUGCCCAUCGACCGGCUGCGCGAGCUGCUGGACCCGGGCGUGCUGACCGGCUCGGUGUACCCGUCUCACGUACGCGAGCUGCGCCUGCUCAGCGAGGAGGCGCACCGCUGGCUGUCGCGACGCACCAUCGGAGGACCACUGGGCCUGGACCUGGGCUGCGGACCCAUGGUCCAGUUUCCGCUGCUGCUCGCCGACGGACACGUCGACUCCCUGGUCGUCGCCCACUUCCUGGACCAGACGCGCUCCUUGCUCCAGACUUGGCUGCGGGACGACCGCGACAACGCGCUCAACCUCAACGGCAUGCUCGGCGCCACCGCGCAGCUCGUCGGCAAGACGCCCGCUCAGCUGAAGGAGCAGCUCCGCUGCCGCGUGUCGGACGUGGUGUCGUGCGACCUGUUCAACCGCGAGCAGGGCAAGUUCCUGCCUGAGAAGCAUGACCGCGAAGGCGCCUACGACGUGGUCGUCACUUCCAUGCUGCUCGAGGCCGUCAUCCAGGACCUGGACACCUACGCCAGGGUCAUCAAGAGGGUUCACGGCCUGCUGCGUCGCCAAGGCCACGUGAUGAUGAGCGGUGUGCUGGGCAUGACCUACUGGGACAUGAAGGCGGGCAAGUUCAACUGCGUCACCCUCACCAAGGAGAACGUGGAGAAGGUGCUGCGCGAUGCCGGCUUCAUGGACCUCGAGUGGAUCAUCGUGGACCGCGAGUACUUCCACUCGGUCAGCGACUACACAAAGUCCUUCCUGGUGCUCGCCCGCAAGCCCUAGACGUCCCGCCCAGGGCCACAAUAAAUCGCUAUCCUCGCA